AGACCCCUCCAAAAAACAUUCCUUAUUUAUUUAGAUAUAAGCUGCUUAUAGAGUAUUUUAAAUUAAUAAUUGUGUUAGGUGGGCUGUAGCCCCCCCAGAAUUUUAAUCCUACUUGCGAUUAUGCUCAUGUACCAAUAGCUGGUCAUUUAAUACAUAUUGCUUGUUGUUUUGAGCUAAAUACAUUAUGUUAUGCAGUUAAUAUAAUAGGUAUAUAUACUAUAUAGGUAUACACUGCUAUACUGUUUACAGAUAGGUGAUGAGCAUUGAACACAUUGUACACUGUAGUGAUGUCCACAUAUCGCGAGGACUAAGGAGCAAAAUGUUCAUCAGAGUUUUACUAUGUGUCAGACAUUAUCAGAACCAGUGACUACAAAGCACACGGAAAGCUAUCAGAACAUGCAGUUUUUAAAGGUUGGCUCCAGCUCUAUGCAAGGAUGGAGAAUCAACAUGGAAGACUCCCACACUCAAAUCCUGGAACUUCCUGAUGAUCCAAGUGCCGCAUUUUUUGGAGUAUAUGAUGGUCAUGGCGGUAAUAAUUAUUUUAAGAGAAUAUCAACUACAAAUUCGUCGGUCGUAUGUCAAAAUGACAGUUGCACCGGUUUUUGAUUAAAAAUACGCUGAUGCAUAUUAUAAUGAAUCUAGGAAAAAAAGUCAAUAAUUAAUCAAUAUAGUAGGUAUAUAAUCAUAGUUUUAUAACUCAUAAAAUUAGAAACAAUCAUAUUUUAAAUGUACGUUCAACUUUGUAAAAAGAAAUAUCUAGUUUACUUAUGGAAUACAGUCAAUAACUUAUACAUUAAAAAACAAUUUAAUCACCCUUUUUUCUUAUAUUAGGUCUUUUCUUAUAACUUGGCUUGUACCGUACAACCCAUGA